AUGCACGGUCUUCUCUCUAUCGGUGCGGCCCUUGCCGUUAUGAUCCAAGGCACCGCCGCUGCCACGAGCGCUGUUGCAACUUGGUAUGGUGGAAACCUGAGCGGAGGCAACUGCCUGUUUUCCAGCUAUACGUUGCCAUCGAGCGUCCUGGGGACUGCCUUGUCGUACACUAACUAUAAUGGAAAUUGCGGUACUUGCCUCAAUGUGAAGGGGCCCAAGGGUAACACUAUCAAAGUUAUGGUCGUCGACAAGUGCCCCUCAGGUUGUGGAAACGGCCAACUCGACCUCUUCCCCGAUGCUUUCGCCAAGCUCGAUGAUCCCAACAAGGGACAGAUCAGCGUCUCAUGGGAGCAGGUUCCUUGCGGCAUCACCUCACCCUUGAUUGUCCGCAACAAGGAGGGAACCUCGAAGUGGUGGUUCUCCAUGCAAGUUGUGAACCACAACUACCCAGUCACUAAAUUCGAAGUCAGUACCGAUAGCGGCAAGAGCUGGCAGCCAACCGUCCGCCAGGACUACAACUACUGGCAGAAGAGCAGUGGUGACGGCUUCCUCGUGGACACAGUUAGCGUCCGCGUCACCUGCUCCAACGGUAAACAGGUCGUUGUGAAUAACGUUGGUACGAAGGAGAAGGCCUCAUUCACUGCAUCCGGCAACUGUUAG